AUGGCUUUGUCCCACUUGGCCGCCGCUGCCGCCGCCGCCCGGCUCGCAGUGUUUGGGGAGCUGGGGCAGCUGGGAGGGCACGUGUUCGGGGCGCGCCGCCCGCCGCGGGGCGGCGCUGGCGCUGCUGGCGUGGGCGCUGCGGCGCGGGCGGGGCGGUGGGGCGUUGGUGGACCGUGGGCGACGGCCCGCCGCUGGCUGCCCGCCCCUCCCACGCGCGGCCGCGGCGCCGAUUGGCUGCUGUGGCGCCGGGCUCACAUCCAGCCGCCAGGGCUGCGCCCCGCAGUGGCUGCGAAGGCGCGCGGCUAUGUGGCUGGCGGCCCGCAGCGCCUACGCCUGCUCUACUUCCUCUUCAAAGACACUUUUCCAAAGCCGCUGAUGACGAAAGUAUAUGAGCUUUUUGCCGGAAAUUCUCAUCGAAAUGUGCAGCUUAAUUCAGCUGUGCCUAUUGUCAUGGCAAUAAGCAGGCCACCACUUCAGAAGCAUCAUUGUGUACAGAACAUUUUUGGGUCCCGAGGUCAUAGGACUAAUCGUAUUGCACGUCAUACGUCGCAAUUACAACGUGAAUGGGCACAGCUCACCGAGCAACUGCAACUGCUUCUGAGUGGGAAGGAAUCGGCUGAGGCCCAGUGGGACGAGGGCGCGCGGCGGCAGGGACAGGGGGAGCGGGUGGGCCGCAUGGUGGGGGAAGUGCUAGAGGAGAGGGAGAGGGAGCGGGGGCGGUGGCGGUGGAGUGGAAGAGGGAUGCAAUGGGAAGAGAGUGAACGUGACCUGAAGGAAGACUUGCAAGUGCUUAAGAAGCGUGCGUACAGGUGGAAGAGUGGUGGAGGUGGCGGCGACGAGGGUGAACGGGCGGCUGCAGCGCUCCUAGCGGCGCGAACACCAAGCCCGAGUGGUUUCUCAGCGCGAGCAGUGGUCUUCAGAGUGUACGCCUACGCAAACAUGACUUUCAGACUCAGGGGCGUCCAAGUGCGCCUGGUUGGUUACUUUAUACCUCUGUGGGAGGAGAUGAGGAAGCGAUAUAACAUCAACAUCUCCAUUACUUUUCUGAAUGCGCCUGAUUACCUGACUGGUACCGUAGCAACAGACGCCGUAGAACAAUUUAUACUUAAGGGAACUAUUGAUUUGGUGCCUCAAUAUUGGAAGUUCAUGGCCAUUGUGGGAGGUUUCACACAUCUGUUUGAUAUUGUGUCCUCCGGAGAGAACGUUCGCUACAUUGUGCUUGUGCCGUAUGCGCCGCCGCUGCCAGCGUGGACGCUGCCGCUGAGCGUGUUCUCCCAUCGCAUCUGGCUCUCGCUGCUGGGGGCGGCGGUGGCGUACGCGCUGGCGUGGCGCGUGGUGGCGGGCGAGUCGCUGGCCGCCAGCGCCGCCGCCGCGCUGCGCGCCUUCUCCUCGUGCGGGGGCGCCCCGCAGGACAGGGUGCGCGCCACGCCGCAGCGCCUGCAGCUGGCCGCCGCAAUGCUCGCCAGCGCCGUCGUCGUCGUGGCAGUGUAUCAGACUCAUGGUGCUACUAUUAACCCGUCUGUUUUGUUCUAUAGAGAAAUGGAAGAAAGUGUUUCUUCUUUCCAGCCUCAUUUAUGCAGCAGACGUUCUCAUCCGCUCUGGCGUAUUUGCGCCAAAACACGGCGCACCGCAAGGGCACUCCGACGCACCGAAGGUUCUGGCGCUGAAGGACGUCGCCGCACAUCUGCAGCUGCUGUGCACGGGUCUGGCGGCGUCCGCGCUGUUCUUCUGCGCAGAGCUGUGGUGCGGCCGCCCAGGUGGUCUGCGCAGGCGCAGUCGCUUGCGCGCGCAGGAUCCAAACAUGGUUGCGACCUAAAUACCUGCACCUAUACUCUCGAGCUUGGUUUUCUCCAGAAUAUAAAUCUGGACAUACAAUACGUGUGCUGUAAGCCAUUAUCAUUAACUUUUCACGGUGAGAGGCAAUACUUAAAAAUUAUAACUGACAAAGCAAUGCGGAUACUCUCGUCAUGUCUCGGAAGGCGCUCGCAUCGCACAGGAGCAAAGGAUUACGACUCGGUGAGCAAACGUUGAAGGAAGCCGGCCGCACGUCUUCGCUAGCUGGCUUUGCUCCCAGGAGAGAGUCGACCGCGAAGCUACGGGCCAAGCACAGCGAGUCGCUGCUCUGCUUGGGCUAUCGCUUCAGGUGCAGAGCAGCUCCCCUCCACUCACCCCCUCUCU